UCGGAGAGACCCUGAAGGCAACACUCUCUAGCCUCGUCGUGGUCACGUGUCACAGGAAUGCGGAAGUACAGCACCGUUGUUGUGCUAAUCAGUAGCUAUAGCUGCUCACUUCUUCUCUUUCUUUAACCUUUAACACUUAAACAUCAUCCAUGGUCAGGAUGACCCAAAAGCACUGCCUGGAGGGCCAGGUGUACUCAGUGCCUCUCAUCCAGCCAGACCUGAGGAGAGAGGAGGCUGUCCAUCAGAUAACAGAUGCAUUACUCUACUUGGAGACCAUCUCUACUGAUAUUUUCAGAAGGGUGUCUGACAGUGUAGAGAAGAACCGCCGCCAGCUGCAGACCGUCACUGACCGGAUCAGACUAGCUCAGGCCCGCGUCGACAAGAUCAAAGGCAGUAAGAAGGCCACCAAGGUUUUCUCCAGUGCUAAGUAUCCGGCCCCAGAUCGACUUCAGGAUUAUACAUCUAUCUUUAUUGAGGCUACAGACCCCUCGUCACAAACUCGCCCCCGACGAAGGAUACAGAAUAAACUUCGACCCUUUGAUGAGAAGGCCUUGCAGGAGAAGUUGAUGUAUUUCCCAGUGUGUGUGAGCAAGAAGAAUAGGUCUGAGAAUGAGACGGAGGAGGGGCUGGGCAGUCUGCCGCGCAACAUCUCAUCCGUCAGCUCCCUGUUGCUCUUUAAUACUACAGAGAACCUAUAUAAGAAGUAUGUGUUCCUUGAUCCUCUGGCGGGAGCAGUGACAAAAACACACACAACGCUAGAGACAGAAAAAGAAGUGAAGCCGUUUGACGCACCGUUGUCCAUCACGAAGAGAGAGCAGCUGGACAGACAGACGGCAGAGUCUUAUUUCUAUGUGCCAGAUCUGGGCCAGGUGCCCGAGAUAGAUGUGCCAUCUUACCUGCCCGACCUGCCAGGCAUCGCAGAUGAUCUGUCCUACAGCGCAGACCUCGGGCCCGGCUUCGCCCCGUCAGGACCCACACAAAACAUCCCUGAUCUGCCCUCCUUCUCGACGGAGAGCGACGGACAUGGCUCUCAGCUCCAACCUAAUGUUCCACCUCCUCCACCACCUCCUCCUCCUCCUGAGCCUACCCUCGCUCCCGCCAUUCCUGCAGGAGCUCCCCCUCCUCCGCCACCUCCUCCACCCCCCCCACCUGUUGAGAGCACCAAAGAAGCCACUCGAGCGUCAAGUUCAGGCCCUGUGUCCGGUGCUCCCACCAAGGUGGUCGUGCCAUCAGACGGCCGCGCCAAUCUCCUGGAGUCCAUCCGCAAUGCCGGAGGCAUCGGCAAAGCCAAGUUACGCGACAUUAAAGAGCGCAAGAUGGAGAAGAAGAAACAGAAGGAGCAAGAACAAGCAGUGGCAGCGGCAUCAAGUGGUGGAGACUUUAUGUCUGAUCUCUUCAAUAAACUUGCCAUGCGGAGGAAAGGCAUAUCUGGUAAAGGCCCAGCAGGUGGGGAGUCAAGUGAAGCUCCCACUGGUACCAGCGGUGCAUUUGCCAGGAUGUCGGAUGUCAUCCCACCACUUCCUGCCCCACAUAUGGCAACAGACGAUGAUGACUGGGAAGCGUAACAUGAUGGACAAUGAACACUUAAAGGUGCAGUGUGUAGGAAUUGGCAGCAUCUAGCGGUGAGGUGGCAGAUGCAAUCAUCUGAAACCUCUCCUGUGUGCCAAGCGUGAAGAAGAAUCAUGUUGGCCGACGCAAAAAUGCUAAUGGCCCUCUCUAGAGCCCGUGUUUGGUUUGUCUGUUCUGGGCUACUGUAGAUAUAAACGGAUCAUUCUAAGGUAACAAAAACACGACAAUUCUUAUUUUCAGGUGAUUAUACACUAAAGAAAACAUACUUAUUAUAUUAUUAUAUUCCAUUUUUGCCAAUAGAUCCUCCUAAUUGCUGCACACUGGCUCUUUAAAGCACUGAUGAUGAAAGCAUUUGAUAGUCUUGAAUAAUUUUGUGUACAUUACAUUUUCCUCUGAUCACUUAACAAUACCAUAAAAAGUGAAACUUUCAGUGUUAAAGUGGCCAAUAAUUGGCUUCAUAAUUAUAAGUGCUUUAGUUUGUCUAAUCAGUUGAACAAAACAUCAAUAAAACUCCAAUAAUAAAACAA